UGUUAGUAUAUCUUCAACAGCUUACUGAGAAAAUUCAAAUACAAUAACGCCACAACACAAAAAACGUUGAUAUUUUAUUAGCCGCGCGUCGGUUUUUGGCGCGUAAAAUCUUGAUAAAACCAUCAGUUUAUUUUGGAAUGUGUUACUAUUGCACUCAAAAGCUGGUGACAUUGUAGGAGAUAUUUUAAUAAGUCAGUGCAUAAUCUCUGACUUAAGAGGCAUUAUCUUGUGUUUUAAUUUUGGGUAAUUUGUGCAAUUAAUAUUGAAAUUAUGAUGUCAAAUCGUGUUAAGAAGAUGUUUGUUAAUUUGGAGAAAAAAACAGAGACUGAAAAGUUAUCACUAGAUUUUAUAGACGACCUUGGUACUGAAAUAGCAUUAGCAAAGAAUGGUACAUCAGACCAAAUAGAACAGGACUGUAAUACUUCUUUUAAUUCUAUAAACGACGAAUCUGAAUUUUUUGUGAAACCACAAGAGUUAAUUCCACAAAUUUUCACAACAGAAAUCAUGGUGGAUUCAUCUGAUAGAGCCAAUAAUUUUCAGUUUGUUGAUUUAAAUGAAGCUACUAUAAUGUCAGCUCCUGUUGUUAUAUCAAUGGCUGCAUAUGAACCUACACAUUUUAAUAUACAAAGCAAACAAUGUGCUGCAUUGUCACCACUAAUAUGCGGUUACGGUGAUGAUGGGUUAAUUCCAGUCAGUGACCCCACCCAUCCCAUUGCUGAUCAUGAAGAAAUUAAUCCCCAAAUACCUUUGAAAGAUAAGGAUGCCUUAGUUAAAGAUCCUGAUUAUAAUCCAGAGGAAGAGUUUGAAUCAGAUGAUAGUUUGGAACAAGAACACACUCUCUUAAAUAAUAAUGAUAGAGGGGAUGGAAAUUCUAGAGAGAGAAAAGCGAAAGAAAAAUCUAGAAAGAGAAAGCGAAGUAAAGAAAAUUGGCCCCGCUUCAUAAGAAAGCAAAAACGAAAUUUAGGUGAAAGCUACUCAACAUCUAAAAAAAAAGAAGUCCCAGCACGUUUUCUACAAACUCCAUGUACUGAGAAAUGUUAAAAAAAAAUGCAUUAUAAAAAUAUCGGAAAAUUUAACUCACAACGACCCAAUAAGAAAACAUAUUGGGUCAUUGCCCACAGUAGAAUCUCAUUAUUUGCGACAACAAACAACAAGAACCUUUAUAGAAGGAAGUCUAACACUUGCGACGCUAUACCGUGACUAUAGACGUGAAUGUGAAGAGGCAAACAAACCUUUUGUCAAGCCGUGCAUUUAUGAACAAAUCUUUAACUUUGAAUACAAUAUUGGAUGGCACCAACCAAAAAAAGACCAAUGCAGUACCUGCGAAAGGUAUGCCAAUUAUUCUUCUGAAGAAAAAGUUCAGCUUCAAAGUGAAUACGACAAACACGUUGAUGACAAAAAUAAAGCUCGACAAGAAAAAGAGAUUGAUGUGUCAAAUGCCUUACAAGAUUCAACUAAAGUUGUAGCUGUCUAUGAUUUACAAUCCGGCCUUACCACACCUUGCUCACAAGUCUCAGACUUUUAUUACAAAGGUAAAUUGGCGACAUACAAUUUCACAAUUUUUAAUAUUGGUAGCAAAGAGGGUUCAUGCUACCUACGUUUGGUCAGAGAAUAUUGCAAAGCGCAGUGCAAAUGAAAUUGGAAGUUGUAUUCUGCAAUUCCUAGAAAGAAACUGCGAAGAAAAACAUCUUACUUUUUAUUCUGACAACUGCGCCGGGCAGAAUAAAAAUAAGUACAUUGCUAGUUUGUAUUUAUAUGCAACCACUUUCCUCGAAAUUCAAUCAAUAACGCAUAAAUUUUUGGUAACAGGUCAUACAUAAAAUGAAGGCGAUAGUAUGCACUCAUGCAUUGAAAAAGAAAAAAAAACGUUUGUUAAAAGGUGGACCUAUUUUUUAUCCCUUCUCAAUGGAUUCCUGUGAUUCAAGGUGCAAGAAAUGGAUCAAUCUGAAAUGUUUGAUCUUCAAAAAUUAUCUACUGAUAUAGGUUUAAAUUUUAGCACUGAUACUGAUAAAAUAAAGGUCAAGUGGACCGAUAUAAACGUAAUUAUGACAAAUAAGGGUAAGCCUGAUAGUUUGUUCUUUAAAUACGAAUAUGGAAAUGAUGUUCCGUACAGCGAAAUACAAGUUCGAAAUAACGUUUCUUUAAGAUCAAGCAACGAAAAACUAAAAUUGACAAAAAAUUUAGUGGCAAAUUGUCGCCAGCUUAUUCCGAAGAACUAAAAAUUUCCAAGCAAAAAAAAGAUGGACUUUUAACGCUUUGCCAAAAAAACUUAAUUCCUAAGCCCUGCCAUACUUUUUUUAUGAAUUUACUUAGUGAGUAAAAAUUUAUAUUUUGUAUUUUUUUUCGCAAAGGGAUGUUCUGUAUUACUUUCUAAAAUGUUAUUUGUAUUACAUUUUUUUUUUAAUUUUUGACAAUUUCCCUUUUAUGUUAGUUUUUUUAGGUUAUACAUAAUUAUUGCCUAAUAAAACAGUACCACAUCUCAAAAAUAUCUGUACUUACUCCAACUUUAUUUAAAAUUCUAAAUAAUCUGUUUAAUGUAAUACCUACCUUUUUGAACAUUUAUUUUGAGUAUAAAUAUUAAAAUCAAGCAAAAUAAGAUUUAUUGUUUUUAAUAUUUAAUCCGUUUCCAAAAUUUUAAGUUGCAAUAUCUCAAAACUUGAAGUUUUAAGAUACGUUACUUUUACAUUGAGGGUGCGACAUAUACCAGAUCUUUGUUUUGCUUUGUUUAGGCAAAGCUGACGUGAUUACCAAAUCUUUUUCUUUCUUUUGGAUUUUGAAAAACGCGCUCACAAUUGGCGCGUUUUUCCUCCAGGUCCUCUUGAACCAA